GUAACUAUGCACAAUUAACAUGAUACAGCUUUCACCCAAAAAAAACAUGAUGCAGCUGACAUACUUCUUUUUCUUACAAGUUCUGCUAGUGACAUGAUACAGGAUACAGCUUUCACCAAGAACCGUUAUUAGAACUCACUCAUACUCAUUUUUACUGAGCAAUAGAUAUAUAGAAUAACAAGUCCACUCACUCGUUUACUGAUGGAGCUAACAUAUAUAUAAUUCCACUAGCUCUUUUAGUCAAAUCUUAUCAGAUAGAGCUAUAGAACUUACUUACCCAUUUGGACCACCACAACAAGCACAAAGUAAGAGCACUCACAAACACAAAGCAAGCUUCAAUUCCUCCACUCGCCGCCGACCACGGCCCCUGCCCAGCGCCGACCCAAGCCCCUCCCAGCGACGACAACGCCGACUGAUCUCUUCGUUCUCCGCCCCUAUCUCUCUGCUAUUUCAUUUUUCCUCUGUCUCUCAAUCUUUCUCCAUCUCAAACACCAAGACCCAUGAUCGCCGGUGCUGGGUUUUGAUUUUGUCGCCGUGAUUGACAAAACGGCGUUGUCGCCGUGAUAGACCUAUUGGUUAUUGUUUUCUCAUGGCACCUAAAGCAAGAACAACUCGCCGGAGUACUCGACACUCACCACCCUCACACUUCUUCAAGAUUAUCCUCCCCUCCACCAUUGAAAACAUGAAGCUGAGUAUUCCUCCAAAGUUUGUGAUAGAUUUUGGGGAUGAGAUUUCCACUAUAGCUACACUUACUGUUUCCUGCAGUGGUACUUGGAAAGUGGGAUUGUUGAAAGCUGAGAAGAACAUUUGGUUUUGUGAUGGUUUGGAGGACUUUUUUGAGCAUCAUUCUAUUUCUGCUGGGCACCUUUUGGUCUUCAGAUAUGAAGGACAUUCAAAUUUCCACGUUAUCAUAUUUGAUAAGACAGCCACCGAGAUUCAAUAUCCAUCUAGCAAAAAUAUUAUAUUGGAAGAACUCGAGGACAUGGUGGAAUUAGAUGAUUCAAACAUGUCAAGGCAUGACAUGCAGCCUUCUGGCACUUGUUCAAAAGGAAGAGAGAGAGCGCUCCAAGCAGCCAAAAUGUCCAUGCCUAAAAGUCGUUCUUUCAUGACUGUCUUGCAACCGUAUAAUAUACGGUUUAAAUAUGUUUACGUGCCUAAGGGAUUUGCUAACAAGCAUGUUGCUUGGAAUCAAUUUGUCAAUCUUCAAACUUGUGGAGAAAAACAAUGGCGUGUCCGGUGCUAUUGCCAUACUAGUACAUCUUCAGCCAUGAGAUUGGGGAUGGGAUGGGCUGCAUUUUCAAGGGACAAUUAUUUAGAAGAAGGAGAUGUUUGCGUCUUUGAGAUAAUCAAGACAAGUCCUGCUGUGCUCAUGAGGGUUUCCAUAUUUCGUGCGCAUGACUAUGCAGUCAGUUAAGUUUCAAAUUAAGUUCAUACUAAGAUAACUUCAACUUUAAAAGUCAGGAUUAGUUGGUGAUGUUUAUGCAGCACCUUUUGUUAUAUUUAUUAAGGGACCUGUGUUUAUUCACUGAGUUUAUUUCUGAUGGGCAUUGAUUUAAGACUUCUUUCUGAUCAGUUUAGUGGGUCUUGUUGAAUCUGUUCAUAAUAUAAAGUGGAUUGGUUUUUUAAUUUAUAGUAAUUCUAAAGGAUUUUUAGAUUACCAUUAUAUUGAACUGGUG